GAGCCGAUGCGGGGCGGGCAGGAUGCAGCAGAAGCUGCUGCGCAGCGCGCACUACAUCGAGCUGGGCGGCUACCAGUACUGGCCCGUGCUGCUGCCGCGCGGCAUCCGUCUGUACACCUACGAGCAGAUCCCCGUCUUCCUGAGGGACAACCCCUACAUCACCGACGGCUACCGCGCCUACCUGCCCUCGCGCCUCUGCCUCCGCAGCCUCUUUAUCCUCUCCAACGAGAGCGUCAACAUCUGGAGCCACCUGCUGGGCUUCCUGCUCUUCUUCACGCUGGGAAUCCGCGACCUGACCGUCGUGCUGCCCGCCGCUCGCGCCUCCCGCGAGGACUUCGUCAUCUGCGCCGUCUGCCUCUUCUGCUUCCAGGUCUGUAUGCUUUGCUCAGUAGGAUAUCAUCUCUUCUGUUGUCAUCGCUCAGAGAAGACCAGCCGACGAUGGAUGGCAUUAGAUUACGCAGGAAUUUCCAUUGGUAUCCUAGGCUGCUAUGUAUCAGGCGUGUUUUAUGCAUUUUAUUGUAGUAAAUACUGGCGUCAGGUGUACUUAAUCACUGUGCUGGCAAUGAUCUUGGCAGUAUUUUUUGUUCAGAUUCAUCCCAAUUACCUCACGCAGCAGUGGCGCAGGCUGCGCUCCAUCAUCUUUUGCUCAGUGUCUGGAUAUGGCAUUAUUCCUACUAUCCACUGGGUUUCACUCAACGGUGGCAUUGGUGCAGCUAUUGUUCAGGAGUUUGCUCCACGUGUGGUUGUCAUGUAUUUCAUUGCUGCAGUAGCAUUUCUCUUCUAUAUUUCCAAAGUUCCAGAAAGGUACUUUCCAGGACAGCUCAACUACCUCGGCUCUAGUCACCAAAUAUGGCACAUCCUUGCAGUAGUGAUGUUGUACUGGUGGCACCAGUCUGCAGUGUACAUCAUGCAGUACCGACACAGCAAGCCCUGUCCUGAGCAUAGUGUGGACUUGUGAAGAGGCACUGCAAUGAAACUUCUGACUACGGGAGUCUGAACCUUACAAAUAUGCAGAACUAUGAAAGUAAGCCCUAAGGCAGUUCCUUCCCAACUUCUGGACUGUUACCCUACUCACUGAGAUGAUACAUUAACAGGAAUGCUGGAGAAAAAAGGAGCAUUGCCUAGAUCUCAGUACAACAUCUGAAGAUCUCUUGAACACCUCCACGGUCAGUGACUCCACCACCUCCCUUGGCAGCCCAUUCCAGCACCUGACCACUGUCUCAGAGAAGUAUUUCCUAACGUCCAACUUGAAUCUCCCCUGGCACAACUUGAGGCCAUUCUCUCUGAGACCUGAAAUUCAUUUCCUUCUUGUCAUUUUCUGCUCUGCAAUCAAGUACAAAGCAGGUCUUUCUUAGAGUGGAACAACAAAAAGGUGGGCUGUAGAACUAAGCAUUUGGAGCACUGCAUCAUUCUCCUGCUUUGUAAAUACAAACAACAGAAUUGCAUACCACUGCUUAAGCUAGCAGACCCAUACGCCAUGACUACAGGUUUUGUUUCAGCACAGAACAAAAAGACACGCUCCCAGUAGGAGUGUGCCUUUAGAACUGUGAUUAACUGAGUGGCUGGUCUUGGCUCUAAAUUGCAUUGGUACACGGGGCUGCAUCCUUCAGAAUCAUCGUCUAAGUGAUGUGUGUACACUUCAACAUCAGGACAGUAAUGUGUAAUGUCAAAUUCAGUGGAGUAUUGUACUUUUCUAGUUGUUUCUGGGAGGUGGAUGUUAUCUACCAUAUAUAUCUUGAUUUCAAAUUUUAAGUUGUUUCCUCAAGCAUAGGUGGUGCCAUUACUUCAGCAAGUCUCUCUGCAGCACUCUGGUGCUUCUGAAUAGCGUUCUGAAAUAUUUCAGGAGUAGUCUUACACUUGCUGUUACCCUGGAAUUAGUAGAAGUGCUAAGGAUUUAUUUUUUUUUAAGUUACAUGUUCUUUUAGCAGGUGUAAAUAACAAGCCCGGAGUAAUAAGAUUGCUAUGAAUUCAAGCCACUGAACUUUGGCCUUUUAAUGACUCAUACUGUACUUCUAGCACUUCAUUAGUCGAAGUGAUUUAUUGCCACUUGCUUUCUGCACUAAAAAGACAACCUUGGGUUUUUAUAGUCUGCAGUUAAACCACGUCUUGGUUUAAUGUCAACACUAAAGAGACACGAGCUAUGCAGGUUGUUAGGUACCUGGUGCUCAGCAUGAAGCUCAGUGGGUGCCAGCCUGGAGGCUGGCAGGGUGCUGUUUGGUCCCACCGAAGUUGCCUCUGCCCUGGGCAAAACAUUCCCAGCUCCCCUCAGCCUUCUACACAGGGAACGUGCCAAGGGAAUAGUGAUAGACAUUUACUGACAAGUAUUUACCUUGUACCAGGGAUGGAGGAGACAGGACCUUUCCUCUUCUACUGGUAGGCUGAAGAGCAAUGCUGUCACUUAAGCUCAGUGAGGAUUUGGUGUUUUUUUCUUCCCAGCUCCAGAAACAGUUAUUAGAAAGAACUUAAAUGCAUUUGAAGUUCAAAUCCCAGCCUUCUGAGCCUUCCAGUAUGAACACUGAUUUCUUUUUUUCUUUUUAAACUUGACAGUAAAGCAAAUUUAAAGUGCGCUAGUGACUACUGCUAAAAUCUGACAAAGACCUGCAAUUGUUAAAGCUUGUUUUCAGUGUUAUAUGAACAAUAACAUUUGAAGACUCUGUGACUCAUUUUACAGUUUGCUAAUUUUUUUUUUUUUUUUCCAAACUAACUACUGUAGCAGUUUUCACUGGAUAAGAAAAGAUUAAGUUGUACAUUUUUAUUAUCCUGACAAAAUUUAUUAAGCUGCAUGAUGGCCUUUUCUGUAAAUACUGAACCUGUAAAUAAAUUUUGGUUCAUUGGA